CUCACUGCAGUAAUGAUUCGGUACAGCAGGUGGCAGUAAGUCUCCAUGAAACUAAUGACAAGCGCAGAGAAGAAGAAUAUUAGUUGUGCAGGGUGAGAGGUUGUGGGCUGUGUUCAUCAUUUCUCUAAUUUUGUUAGUUUACCUUUUUUAAGAGAAUUUACUAUACCUAUUAAUCGAAUACCCUAAUAAGAAACGAUAUCAGCAGCUGGACGAGGUACUAAAAGCAUAGCAAAGUGAAGAAGAUCAUCGGAUCUUCUCUAGUUGGCCGGUUGGUUGAAGGUUAUUAAAGGUACUUCUCGCUCUGCAGUGAUGACGUCACUGGGGAGCAGCAGUUCCUCCACGACGGAGUAUGUAGUACGUGUUCCCAAAAACACCAGUAAGAAAUACAACAUAAUGGCUUUCAAUUCUGGUGAUAAAGUCAGUUGUUCCACCUGGACUCAGGCUCGUAUGGAACGGGACAUGAGUAAUAGGCGUAUAUAUGGUGAGGAGGAGAGUCAGGAGGGGGCGGCAGGCAGUGAGUUUGGAAAGAAACAGAGAGAGGAAUCACGGAGGAAGAAGUAUGGCAUCGUUACAAAGGAGUUCAAGGUGGAGGACCAGCCCUGGAUCCUUAAAGUUAACGGCAAAGCAGGAAGAAGAUUCAAGGGUCUAAAAAAAGGCGGAGUCACAGAGAACGCUUCCUACUACAUCUUCACACAGUGUGCCGAUGGUGCCUUUGAGGCGUUUCCCGUGCACGCCUGGUAUAACUUCACACCGCAGGCCAAACACCGCACGCUCACAGCCGAGGAGGCAGAGGAAGAGUGGGGCAGGAGGAACAAGGUGGUGAACCACUUCAGUAUCAUGCUCCAGCGACGUCUCCGAGAACAGGAGCGAGGAGACGAGGAUGAGGAGGAAGGAGAAAAAGGAGGGAAGAAAAAGAAGAAAAAGGGAGGCAGGGGUGGAGACCUGCGCAUACAUGACCUUGAGGAUGACUUGGAAAUGAGCAGCGAUGAGAGCGACGGCAGCAAUGGAGAGGAUGAUGAAGCCAAGUCGAAAGGUAAAAAGGACAAAGGCCCCAAAGGCAAGGGAAAGAAGAAGAAAAAAAGCGACUUGGAAGGAAUCGAGGAUAGUGAUGAUGGCGACUUUGAGGGGUUGGAGGUGGACUACAUGUCCGAUGAGAGCAGUUCUGAAGAAGAGGAGCCAGAGAAGACCAAGCCUAAUAAGGGAGAGGACGUCCCUAAAGGAAUUGAUGAAAUGUCUGAGAGUGAAGAAGAAAGUGAGGAAGAAAACAAGAAUGAGGAAGAUGCCAAGGAGGAAGAAGAGGAGGAAGAUGGAAAGAAGACACCAGUGCAGGUGGAAAAGAAGAAGAAGAAAGACAGCAGUGGCGAGUCAGACAGCUCUGAGGACAGUGAUAUCGAAGGCGAGGCAGCUUCAGCACUGUUCAUGGUGAAGAAGCGCACACCUCCUAAGCGAGGGGGCGGGCGUGGCUCAGCAGGUAGUUCAAAAACAGGAAGUCGGCCUGGCACACCUUCUAUCGACAACGCUGCCACUUCAAACACUCUGCGUGCCGCUGCCAACAAACUGGAGCAAGGUAAGCGGCAGACGACAAUACCAAGCGCAGAGACUCCGGCAGCAAAGAGAUUAAAGAUGGAGCCCAGCCCUCAGAGCUCUUCAGGAAAGAGCACACCCCAACCAGCAUCAGGGAAAUCCACUCCCAGCUCCAGUGACGUGCAGCUGACGGAGGAUGCCGUGCGCAGGUAUCUCAUCAGGAAGCCCAUGACCACUAAAGACCUGCUGAAGAAGUUCCAGACUAAGCGCACAGGCCUCAGCAGCGAGCAGACGGUCAACGUGCUCGCCCAGAUCUUGAAGAGGCUUAACCCAGAGAGGAAGAACAUCAAUGACAAGAUGCACUUCUACCUCACUGAGUGAACCCGACCGAGGAGAGAGUGAAACACUGAGCACCCAUCACCAGCAGCCUCUCCUUUUAGAAUACAGCUCAUUUAGUCCAAGACCUAGAUGGUCUGAAUCUUCCUGAUUUUCUUGCUGUCAUUUUGCUUUAAAUCAUCCAGCAUUUAUUAACAGUAGUUCUUAAAUACUGUUAAUUAGAGAUGAGAGCGCUGGAGGUCCAAAUAGUAAAACGACAAAGAAAAUGGUGAGAAGAAAGAUAGAGGAGUAUGUUUUUGUUUAUUAUAAUGGAUACCGGAAUGAUGUGUUUGUAAAUUUCACAUGCCUCUUAAUGACAAGUUUACUAUCAGAGAGACACUGGGUAAUAUCAUUCUUUCAAGAUUCUUUUCAAGAAAGCUGAUGAAUUUUGAGAGCGACUUUCCCCAGAGAAUGCAGCCGCAUCUGUGGCUUUUUAUUACACGUUCAUUUCUUUGUCUGCUUUAUUUUUUAAACUGCUUUAAGAACAUUGCACUGUUUAAAAGCUGUUACAAUUACAACUUUUGCAGGAGUUUUUCUCCUUGGUAAUACAUUAAAUUUGUUUAGAAUGAA